GGUUGAACACCACUGGUAUACGAUUUAUAUACUGUUAUAGCUGAUAACAUUUUAAAUUUAAAAUAUAGAUAGGAAUAACAAAUAGAAAUAUUGUGUUAAUUUCCGUUGCUUUACAGUUGACGUCAAAUAUCGAAAAGCACUAAUCUUCGUCACACAAUAGUCAAAAAACAUUAAAUUGUUAACAUUUUUUAAGCUUUUUCAGUUUUCUUUUAUUCAGUUUGAUGUAACAUAUCGAUUUUAUAACUUCAGCGAUAAGUAUCAUCUUAACGGCUUUUUCAAUUGUAUUAUUUACAAAAUCGUAUUAUUUCCAUAAACCACAAGAUAUGCAUUCACUGUUGGUAAAAAAAAAAAGCUAAAAGUUGUAUAACUUUUACCACUUCACACUUCUUACAGUUAAAAAUUCCAAUUUUGUCUUGAAAGUACUACUGAUGAAAGAUCAAUAUUAUUGAUUGUCUAUCGAUAAUAUUGUUUCAACAAUCAAAAUAUUAUACGUUGUUGAUAACAACUUAAGAACGAUCGAUGGAUGUGGAACUUGUGGACUUAGAGUCUGCCUACCAAGACGCAAAUGUCGUUGUCACGAAAUCAAUUACAGAAAACGGUAAAGAAGACGAAAUUGUCAUCAACCAUGAGCGAUGUAGCGACAACGGCAUGACUCCGUCCGAAUUGCAAACAGUUAUCAAACCCAACCUAAAGGGGGACAGGCUCAAUGUGACUUUGCUUGUACUAUUUUACAUGUUGCAAGGCGUACCGAUAGGAAUUUCUUUUGCCAUUAGGACGUACAUGCAGAACAUGAAGGUUUCAUACAUUCAACAGGCAAAGUUCGGUAUGGUCGACAUACCAUGGAGUUUAAAGCUAUUGUGGGCUCCGUUAGUAGACGUCAUGUACUCAGAUCGUAUAGGCAAACGGAAGACGUGGAUGGUCCCGGCGGAACUUUGUAUAGGACUGUUGCUGAUAAUCAUAGCAACGAAUAUAACAUGGUUGAUGGAGAGCGAAACGCGUAUGACCACGUUGACGUUCGCGUUCUUUUGUUUGAACGUUUUAGCCGCAACUAAUGACAUCGCAGUCGAUGGAUGGACGCUCACUUUGUUGAAAAGAGAGAAUUUAGGAUACGCAUCUACGUGCAAUACGUCCGGUCAAGCAUUGGGAGUAGCAUUCGGUUACGUAUUGUUCAUAUUGUUAGAGUCCGAGGAAUUUUGCAACAAGUGGCUACGUUUUACAGUCCAAAAAGGUGGCAUAAUUUCGAUGGAAGGAUAUUUAUUCUUCUGGGGAAUAGUAUACACUAUGGUCUCCGCGUCUAUUGCUCUAUUUGUAAAAGAGAAAUGCAAUCAGGCCGAUAAAAUCAGCCAAAUCAAUGUCAAGCAAAUGUAUAAAUUGUUAUGGAAGAUCAUAAACCUUCGGACGAUGAAAAUAUUUACUAUAGUUAUGCUGGCAUAUGAAUUUUCAUUUUCUUCCAUGGGAACAUCCGUGUCAAAUCCAAAAUUUAUGGAAUAUGGCGUGGAAAAAGAAUCCAUGGCUUUGGUUGAUCUAUCAUUGAUUCCCAUAAAGAUUUUUAUUCCAAUUUUUAUUGCUAAAUAUACAUGUGGACCGAGACCGUUGAAAAUACUUUACACGACAGUGCCAUAUUGGUUGGUGUUGGGAAUUUCUUCGGGAGUCCUUGUAUACUAUACGCCGAAUUUUAUAAGCGGCGAAUACAGUAAUUUGUCGAUAUGCUAUUACGUGAUUUUCGAACUCCUUCGUAUUUUGAGACUGGUGUUGUUAGUUGCCGUUUACUUGAGCGUGAGAUCGUUCUUCAUACGAAUCAGCGACUCUCGAAUCGGUGGAACAUACAUGUCACUAUUAAAUACCGUGUGGUAUUUUGGAAUGGCUGUAUCCCGAAUUGUGUCUCUGGGACUGCUUAGCAUGCUGACGAUCAAACAGUGUUCGACAGACCGAGAGAUGGAAUGUCUUUCAAAAACAAAGAAUAAAGAUUGCAAGAAAUUGGCUGGAGACGAAUGCGUCAUCGUUGUGGACGGCUACUUUGUCGAAGUGGCAAUUUGCACGGUUCUCGGUAUAGCGUGGUACCUGUCCUUGAGAAAAAUCCUCGAGAACUUACAGUCCAGACAAUUGAGCGAUUGGCAAGUGAACGACGACGGAUUAAUCCAUGGUGUGCUAAAAGAAUGAUCACUUUGCUUGAAACUUGUCAGGCUCUAUUAAGUCUGUUUAUGGGGCGACCAUUCCGACGAUCGUUAAAUCAUUUUAAAUACAUUUUAUCUCGAACUACUCAGGUUGAAUAUGAUGAGAGUUUGACAGGUAUAUUACUAAUUUAUGUACAAAACGAAAUCUAAAUAGUAUGUACCAAUAAUCUUCCUAUCUAUAUGUAUAAUGUAUGUAACAUAAUUUUAAGUAUAUAAACUACUAUAGGUAUUACAAAAAUAAAAAUAUGAAUUGGCGUUUUAAAUGAUAAAAUAAAGUAUAAUUGUUAAUACUUAUAUGUACUUAUAUUUGAGUAAUGGUUAUUUUCCUAUCAAUAUGUUUAUUAUUAUUAUUAAUUGAUGAAAUACUUUAUUAAAUUUUAUUUAAAAUACUUUUGACUUUGUUAUAAAAACCCACUAAGAAAAUAUAUUAAGAAUCAUU